UUUUUAUUCUAAUUGGCCCUUGCUUAUAUCUUUUUUAUAUUCUUCUAUUUUACAGAUUUAUCGCCAGUAAUUCGGUUGUCGUCGCCAAUUUUUAAUUCUUUUUUAUUCUUUUUUCUAUCGUUUAUAUAUAUAUAUUUUUGCUCGAAUUCGCAAACAAAUUGGACUAAUUUCGACAUCUUUAUUUCUUCAUUUAUAAUUCCAUCUCUCUCUCCCUCUUUCCAUUUUUGUUGCAUUUCUCUUCUGUACUUGAUAUUAUUUUCUCUAAUUCUAUUUAUCCAGCUGUUUAUCACUCGUCUCGAUAAUGGCCGACACAAUCAAAGCGCCGGGAAACGCGGAGACUUCUUCGGCUCAGCCCUUACAGCUUACAGAUGGAACGUCCAUCGAGGCACCCGUAGUGCCUGCGGCCAAGAGCUCUGUUGUCACUGUUGUCGCACCCGGCCCGUUGGCAUCCUGCGUUCGGUGUUCCCAACCAAUCGGCGACCAGUGGGUGCCCUUCAUGGAUACGGUCUGUCACCCGCAGUGCUUUUGUUGCGAAACUUGUGACGACAACGUAGAGGAAAAAUACUGCGUCUUGGAGGACGCUGACGGCAAGAACCACCUGCUCUGCGAAAAGCACUACUUUGAGCGCACCAACAUGGUCUGUCACAAAUGUAAAUCGCCGCUGGAUACGACGUAUGUGCAUGCCAUGGGCCGGAAAUAUCACCCGGACCACUUUACGUGCACGGCCUGUCCGACGAUAUUUGGGCCCGAAGGCACCUACUAUGAGCACGAAAACGAGGCCUACUGCCUGCACCACUACACUUACCUUGUGGCGCGAAAGUGCGCCGGCUGCCAGCAGCCCAUAAUGAAGCUCUUUUUGCAGAUGAGCAACCGCGGGGUCGAGGAGCAUUGGCAUCCGGAGUGCUACAUGAUUUACAAGUUCUGGAACGUCCGGAUAUGUCCCAGCAUGUAUGUGGGCGCCAGGGGCCGCGUCAACAAGCAGUUGCUGAAGCCACAUAAUUUUGUGAGCGAGCAGCAGAUUUAUCAGAUUUGGACAGUGCUGUCAUCGUUCGAGGAGUCCACUGCCGCGUGCAUCUCGGACAUGCUUUUGCAGGUAUCGGGGGGCCAUUAUUUGGAAGGCCUGAGGCAGGCCGAGAGGUUCAUCAUGCACGUUGACGUGCUGUUUGCAUCUAUCGAUGAUCUCGAGGACGAGCUGUCACACUUUGACGAUUCAACCGGCCUGCAGCAUACACGCGAGCCCAAGCUGCUAUGCAAAAAGAUUGUCAGCUUCUUCUCUGUGCUCUCGCACACGCAGAGUAACGAGUCCAACGGCCUCACGCAAGAGUUGCUCUCCCUGGUAACCAGUCUCGCGCACUAUCUUAAAGUGCUCACGCGCGUGGCUCUCAAGGGCGCGCUCAAGGCCCAAACCGAGUACAAAUGCCCGUCCAGCAUCAAGGCGCUUCUCUCCAAACUCACCGAGACCUCUGAUCGGCAGAAAUGGGCGCUCUUCCGGCUGUCCUACCAGGAGACCGACAUCACCAGCGACCUCUGCACAUCGUGCCACAGCGCCGUCGAAACCGAGUGCAUAGAGCACUCGAGACGCCGCAAGCGCUGGCACCUGUACUGCUUCACGUGUGUGGUGUGCCAGAGCGAGAUGCAGCAGUUUUAUCCGCAGUCGGCCUUCGAUGACCGGGGAGUCUACUGCCCUGGGUGCGCGCAGAAGCAUGGUGUGACCAGCGGUGGGUUCAAGUUUGUGUCGCAGCUGGAGCAGUACUCGUUCUUGAUGCGCGUCGCGCUGAAGCGGCUGUAUGGGCUGCUCAAGAUGAAGAAUGCUGUGGAGAACCCCAGCGCCAUGAGGUACAGGAAGGGCGAGAGCAAUGUCAAGGAGUUUGCCAGCGGUGGGAUCGCCGACGGAUACAGGAUCAUGCCGCCGCCAUUGUCGGGCGCAGCAGCAGCACAGGGGGAACAGAAGGUGGCACAGGACUCAGCCAACAGGGAGUUUGACGCGGCGCUGGAAAAGCUUGACAAGUUUGAGAUUCAGCCAACGAGAGCCGCGGCCCUUGGGUCUGCUGGUGAUCCGCAGAUUGGCGAUCAGAUGGCCAAGCUGGCGCUCACCGACGCGUCGCCAGCGGCGGCCAAUGCGGAAAUGAUGUGCGCUGUCAAUGCCGCGGUCAAGGAGGCCAAGAGCGACAACAACGUGCAUGUGGUUGAGGCUAACUCGCCAGAGCCGCCGCAAGUUCUCGCUGACCGACGCAAGCCGCGCAUGGCGCACGCUACGGUGCACACAAUGAAGGCGCGCAUGGAGAACCGCGGAUGCGCGUCGCCGCCCUCGCCGCAGGUGCCGCAGAUGCGCCGUGCCGGGCAGAUUGCCAACCCACUGCUGCCUCAACAGCAACAACAAGCACUACAGCAGCAGCAGGUUAAACAGCCGCAGACCAGCAGCGACGAGCACAGGGUGGCCAACGAGGCCGAGACCGUGACCAAGGUCAAGAGCAUGCUGAGCCGACCGCACACCAUGCGGUUCGGGUCUGACCUCAACACAGCCGAGCUGUUCUGCGCAAAGCACGUGGCGGUGUCGCGGCUGUCGGCGCUGCUGGGCGGCGGGCAGAGCGAGUUCUCGCAGGCCGACCUCGUGGCGCUCAUUGGCGCGCCCAAAAAGACGUCUGCCGUAGGCAUGUGGUCGCGGCUCAAGACCAAUCUGAAGAAGAAGGACGGCACUGGGGGCGGCAAUGUUGGCAGCGGACAGGGAGGGCAGGGCGGAAAGGACCGCAUGCGCAUGGCCACAUUCGGCGUGCCUCUGGAGAUGCUCAUGGAGCGGCAGGGCGUCGAGACCGAGCUGGGCGCGCACGGCAAGCAGAAUCUGCAGGUGCCGCAGUUCUUCGAGCUCAUGCUCACCACACUGUCCUCCAUGGACCUGGCCGUCGAGGGCAUUUUCCGCAAGAACGGCAACAUCCGGCGGCUGCGCGAAGUCACUGACUCUGUAGACAAGGACUACGCGCGCGUGGACCUCACCAGGGAGACGCCUGUGCAGCUCGCCGCACUGCUCAAGAAGUUUUUGCGCGAGUUGCCCGAUCCGCUGAUCCCCUUCCGCAUGCGGCGGCUGUUCCUGGCCAUCAGCAGCAUUGCGCAAGCGUCCCGUCUGGAUGCCUUCCGCUACGCCAUUCUCCUUAUGCCACAGACCAACCGUGAUAUGCUCAAUGUGCUAGUGACGUUCCUCAACUGGGUCGCCACCUUCUCGCACGUCGACGAGCAGACUGGGUCUAAGAUGGACGUGCCCAACUUGGCUACCGUCAUUGCGCCCAACAUCUUGAAUGCCGACGUGAAGGAACCGACUAGAGACCGCGACGACACGUUCUCGUAUGAGGCCUGCGCUGUCGUGCAGCAGUUUAUGGAGGCCGGCGAGCUUCUGUGGUUGCUGCCCGAUGCUGUUAUUGCCUUUUUGCGGGAUAACUCGACUGAGUUUGCCGAGGGCACGUCGGAGCUCAAUACGAAGGAGCUGCUCCGGCGCUGUGAGCGUCAGGUCCAGGGAAGCGCGCCUGCGCAGGCCUUGGCUGAUGUGGAGUAGAGUAGAUCGAACGGCUUUCAAUUGCACUACAAAAUUAAAAAAAUAUUUUUAUCACUUUUUUUGUUGGGCCCUGCCUUUUUUCCGUUGGGAUUAAUGCAUUGAAAUAAAAUCCGAAUCGACGCCACAGUUUUGGCUACUGG